UAUUGUCUUUGUCCUACUAUGAAGGGUUCGAUUGCAGUUCCUUUGUUGUCUCGUCAGUAGUGGAAGUUGUGAAGAACGUUGAAGGUGAAGGAGGAACAGCGAGCGAGCGAGCAAUGUACAAAACGAGGUUGCAGGAAUUGUGUCAGAGAAGGUCAUGGACCUUACCUACCUACGACAACAGCAGAGAAGGCCCCGAUCACAACCCUCGCUUCACUUCCACCGUUAAUGUUAACGGCGUCUCCUUCCACACCCCUUCUCCCACCCGCAGCGCCAAACAGGCCCAAAACGACGCCGCCAUGCUCGCCUUCCUCCAUUUCUCCCCGCCCUCACCGUCAACGUCAUGUCCCACUUUUCCUCAACACUCUCUCUCCAUUUCGGCUCUUUCUUCUUUUCCUCAGCCUUCUCUUUUCGCCUCAUCUUCUGGUUCACCUGAUCCCAGCUCUGUUGUUGAUGAUAUACUUCUCACAAAUGGAGUGUUGCAACCUAAAUUAGAAGAAGUGUGCCAAACAUCUCAAAUCAGUGGCCCUGUAAUAGCUGUUAGAGAUACGAUAACAGCAGAAGAUCAAAAAAAUAUGUUACAUUUGUACAAGAACCAGCUGCAAAGCUAUGUUCAAAAGAACAAUCUAAGUCUUCCAGUAUAUUCUUCUGAGUGGGAGGGUCCUCCUCAUGCUAUGCGUUUCAAGUGCAAAGUCACUGUUGAUGGACAAACCUAUGAAAGUGACAAGUUCUAUUCUACGUUGAAGGAUGCUGAACAUGCAGCAGCUGAAGCUGCUUUAAUAUCAUUAUCACCAGGCAGAGUUCAAGAGGGUCAUGUUGGAUUAUACAAAAAUCUUUUACAAGAAUUGGCUCAAAAGGAAGGAUUUCGUUUACCCAUUUAUAACACAAAUAAAUCUGGUGAAGCUCAUAUGCCAAUAUUUGUGUCACAAGUAGAGGUAGAAGGGGAGCUUUUUACUGGGGAAGAAGCUAAAUCCAAGAAGCAAGCAGAGAUGAGUGCAGCCAAGGUGGCUUAUAUGGCUUUGAAAGAAUGCAAAGUUCAUCAAGGACAAACUCAUGAGUUCUCACCUGACUGCUCAGAGGCAAAUGUCAUAACUGGUUUAAAACACCAUGCUAAUCCAAAAUCACCUGUAAGCCCUGGAUUAGUCGACAGGAAUCAACAUAACAAAGAUAAAGGCAAGUCAGAUAAGAGUUCUUCAUUUCCAUUUUCAACUCAUAAAGGACAGGCUCCGGAGUUCUCGUCUGACCACUCUGAGUCAAAUGUGGUAACUGCUCUGCAAUACAAUGCUGAUCCAAAUUCACUUGUAGACCCUGGAUUAGUCACCUGGAAUCAACAUAGCAAAGAUAAAUUGAAGAAUGUAUCGUCUUCAUCUGAAAAUACGAAUGGCUGCACAGAGGAUUCUUCCUUGUCAAGUGACAAGUCUGCACCUUCACUCUCUGGCAGCACCAAAGUGGUUUCUGACUCAAGUAACACGUAUUCAACUGCAGUAGAACGGGUCGUUGUUUACUCACGCAAGACCAAUGUGGAAAUUGAAGAUGGUGGCACUAUAUUGCCGAUUAGCGAUGACAGGUGGGUUGCUUACUCAUAUUCUCAUUGAGAUAGUUGGAACAGUUGCAGGCUCUCCUGUGUCAUAUUUUGCGUCUCUCUCCGAAUUGAUUUGUAUAGAAGGAUUUGACUCCCGGUAAAUUUAGAAAACAAAACGUGGAACUUGUAACCUAUUGAUUAAAAACCUAACUGUUAAUAUUUUAAUAACUUAGGAAACUGAAGCAGAUUAGUUAUUAUUCUGUCAUCAACAGCUAGGAAUUUCUCUACCAAGGAUUAUGUAGAUCAUUUAAGAAUAUAAACAUGUUAAUAACUAUGGGUGUGGGGAAACGCCGGAGGUCCUUAUAUAUAUA